AUGUCGAACACUGUGCAGGACUGCCCCGGUAAGAUCCAUGACUUCUUGGCAAGCUUGAUGUCACUUACCCUGAAUCCAGUUAUGGCGAGGUAUUCGGACGCCCUCGCAACUCGAUACCAGGCCAUCUCCGUCAACUAAAGAGUGAAGAGAGAGAUAUAGAGAGAAUGGGUUGCGACCUUGGCACACUGAAGCUAUUUGAAGGAUUUUGGCACACUUUUUAUCCUCUAGAAGUCAACGGAUGCGAGAAACAUCCGCGAAAUUUCUUGGCAUCUAUCCGAAGAAUUUCUCUGAAGCUGGAGUGAAGAAAGAUCAUGCAUGUGGAAUGUUUUAAUAUAAUAUAAAUAAAAAAUAUCAUAGAGUACCUAAAAACGCGUCCCAAAAGUCGUCGCAGGCUACCCUCUUCAUGUCCAGAUGAGAUCAGACGAAAGACGUGGCUGUCUCGGUCAAACCUCAGCUGCCACCGUAUGUACUAUGACAUAACAUAUGACAAGAUAAACGCAAUUCAAGGACGGGACGGAAGGAGGGUAGAAAAGGUAGAAUUCCCGCCUCUUCUUCGUUUGCUCUCCCCUCCUACCCCGGGGCGCCGCCAUCUCCGUCAUUUUGGCCGGAGUCCCUGGAAUCUCGUCUUGUUCCUUCAUCCGAUCAGAUGCCUCCCGCGAACUAGAUGCGCGCGUCUAUCUAUUCAUAUUGAUUGAGGUGAUUGCUUCUUGUGAGGUUAAUGCCUCCGCCGCUUCCUUUCUCCUUGUCUGUUAUUCUGCUCGUGAUGGUCAGAGGAUUCCAUUUUCCAUCGGCCCUCGCCGUCGGGGCAAUGCUUAUCUUGUUGGAGUUGUAACCUGUAAACCUCACCGGGCGAGUCAGUGUUGGCUCAUGAUUUGGAAUUCCUUUGUCCUGGUUUGUUGAGGGGAGAAGAAUUUACUUGAUUUAUGGUUCAUGUCGCAGCCAAGAAAGAGCUUGGCGGAACAAUUGAGUGUUCGCUGCUCCACUGCUGUCGAAUGCGCUCCAUUCAUGACAGUGGUGACGAGUGUGUAACGUUUCAUUUUACUACGAAUCGUGCAUUAUGAAAGGUGACAAUACUUUGGUUGUCACUGGCAUAAGCAUUCAGUUAGAAGUUUUCAAAUGUUUAUGAAUUUUCGAUUUGGAGCAUCUGAGUUAUUCCUAUGUUGUAAGACAUAGAGAGAGAGAGAGAGAGAGAGAGAGAGAGAGAACACGGAUAAAUUAUACAUGCAUACACUUAUAUAUUUAUGGUGGCUGCAAAAAAAUAGCUCAAUUCACCUUAUUCCAUUUUGGCAGAUUUUUUGUCUUAGCAGGAAGGAAAAGUAUGCAUAACCGUUUGGCGCAAAUCUUGGAUAUUUUGGAUCAUUAUUUUCGUACUUCAUUGACCGUUGAAAUAUUUUCAUUCCUUUUAUAUUUUUAGUGGAUGAAACAGUUUGUUUUGGUCGAUGGAGGAAACCAAAAGGUGGAUCGUUACAUAUACAAAACACCUACGGCAGAAAAGAAAAGUGUAUCAAGAUGGCACAAUCGAACUUCAUCGUCCAAGUAACAAGGUAAUUUAUCCAUCAUUUUCGUUCUUUCAGAGGCAAAUAGAAUCGUUUCAUCGCAGUACAGCAUGGGAGUGGUUUUUUAAAAAUCCCCUGAGACAUUAGAUACAGUAUUCUUGGAUACUAAAGCCUAUACUGUUAUUAAACUUUUUUGAGUCAAUGCGUAUCCAUGUAAUAUAACUAUUUUAUACAAAUGAUCUUUUAAGUUGCCAUGCAAACGCACAGGUUCAAUGCAUCCUUAUUCAUGGUGGGCUUCCUAAGUUCCAUAAAAUAUUUUGUUCCUUUCUUGCACGAGUGUUUUCAUAUACCAACCUUUAACCUCGAAUGAACCUAUUGUAGGUGCCUAAUGUAUGAAGCCUAGUAUAUCAGUAUACCAUAACUAAAUGACAGUCAAUGCUCAAAACAUGACAAUGAACACAUGACAGAAUCAAAGAUGAAAAAAAUUGGGCUGACUACAUAACUUGAUCCACAUAUAGAACUUACCUUCAGUGGAAUAUCAUGAAGACCUACGUAUUAAUAAGAAAUAUAUCAAAAACUAAACGAAAAAGCAAAAGAUGAGUUAUGUUUAUUAAGUGCUCUCUGAUAGUGUUCAGUGCUCACUCGAAUAACAUUCAUUGAACUGGUUACAUUUGGAUCUUCCAAAUAGCUUAGAUUUAGAUGAUUCCUUUUGGCCCAUAUGCAUCGUUAUUCCAUUUUUAAUUAGUUAUAAGCCCCGUUUCAAGCUAUUUUUAAUCCCAAUAAAUUUUAAUCCCAAGCUAUUUAUAAUCCCGGAUUUUUAAUAUUUUAUUUUAAUUCUUUCUGCUAUACUUUUUAUUUUGUCCAAUCAUGUGCCACUUUUUUUUUAUCUCACCAACGCUUCCGUGAAGAUCUUUCAUGUUGUGGAAGAAACAUGAAUGAUAUUCUAAUACUUUCUGUGAAGAAAGACCUUUUCCAGAUGCUGUGACAAAGAGGCACUAACAUUUUCCUAAUAUUCAGGUUUUAUUGUAUGAUGACUCCAGUAAAUUGCUAGACAACAGACUUUUGAGGAAAGAUGAACUGAUUGAAUGUGGAGUUACACUUACUUUCGAAACUCAUCUCGUUGACAUUGGUGAACUUGAUGAAACUCACAACCCCCUCCAGGAUAUGCAUGCCGAUGGUAGUCAUGGGAAAUCAAAAGUAAAAGUUGGGAGAGUGCAGAAAUUUGAAGGUUCUUUCCUGGGUACAUUUUUACUGGCAUUUUGUAACUUACUUUUUGGGAUACAAAUCGUAUGUUUUAUUUUCAAAGCCAUUUGAAUAAUAUUUCUUCUUUUUACUGUCGAGCAAAACAAAAGGAGGUUUUGUAUAAUACUUUUUAUGUGAUGCAAGUUUUGAUGAAUGUUUAAUUUUUUUAUCAGUGUUGAAUCUGCUUCACUGUCCAAUCUUCAUUCUCAUUAGUGAUCCAAGAAUAAUGGUUCAUUCACACUAUCUGCUGUUCUUGUACUCUUAAUGAGUUUCUCCAUCUGUUAAAAGUCAUCUAUCCGUGCUGAGUAAACUGAAGACCAUCAGGAAAAGAAUCUUCAAACCUAAAAUUUCAUGCUUCGACCCAAAAUUUAGACAAAAAGGAUUAUGACAUACUGACAGGAUCAGGUGGUAAUAUUACAAGCUGUCAUUUUCUUUUAGUUCCUUCAUGAGUAUCUGUCACAUUUUACUAGUUGUAUUAUCUAUAUUUAUUAUUAGUGUGUGAAGCUUAUUAUACUUUUUUGCCAUGGUGAUUUUCGUCCUGUUGCAUUAUUUAGCUUAUGAUUUUAAGUGUUCAUUUUAAGUGCACUUAUAAUUGCAGUGAAGAAGAACCCUCGAGAUAUAGACAGAUCAACAAAUAUUUCUGCCAAUGAUGUCAGAGUUAAAGACAGUGGUCAGUCGUUUCACGCAUCAAUUUUAGUAUUGCACUUGUCUUCUAUUUUUGAUAAUGGUAUGAGCUAUCAGUUGCAAAACCUGAUUCCUUUUCCCUCUUGUGAAUCAUUCUUUUAGCUGUUAAGGUAUACAUAUAUUUCGCAAUACCAUCUAGAAUAGGAUGAUGUUUCACUUUAAAGAGUUGUUACAAUAUUAUGUGCUUCAAGGAUAUCCGUCAAGAGAUGUGACCAAUUAUGAGGAAAGCUAUUUUAGCUUAAAGCUGUUUAGUGAUUUUCCAUGAAAAUUGUUUCCAGAUCAUUUCACAAGUAAGAUGUGGUGAAAUGAAUUUUGUCUUGACGAGGACUAUUUUGUACUAGCUCUUCUAAUGAUUAAUCUCCACUGCAGAAUGGGAUGUCUUGUACACUGCUCAAGUUACCCAGAAAGCCAAGAGAUAUCAUGAUGGGGUCCUGAGACGUGUGACAUGUGGCUCACAUAUGGCCCAGGUUGAGUUGCCUUUUCAGCACUAUUGUUAUUUUUCUGGCUGUUUUCCCAAGGAAUCUAAUCGUCCCUUUUGGGCACUGACAUUGUUUACCGUAAUUUCUUACUGUAGAGAUGCUGCUGACGUUCUUAUCAGGAAGCAUUCUGAUUGCAUCCCAUUGGAACUUUUAAAGGCGCAUUUUUGUCGAAAUGAAUAUUUUUAAAUGACAUAUAAUGGUUAUGGUUAUUUACAUUCUGGAGCAUAGAUUUAGACUUUGACAUUGGACUUCUCAUGAAUCAUAUGUUUAUAGCAUAUUAGCUAGUUCUUUGCUAGACAUAAGCCAUCCUUAAGUGAUAUUUUAUAUGGAAUUUUUUUUCCAUGAUAGUGGCAUAUUAUAUUGUCAAAAUAAUGCAAGUAUUGCUUAUGACAUUUUAUUGUUGUUAUCAUUAAUGUAUCUAUGGACAUUUGAACUCUUUCACUUUGAAGUAAUCAUUAUGAAUUUUAUAUUUGAUAGUUGAUUUUGCUAAAAGAAGAUGGAUCAACUCUGAGCACCAAGUUCCAGAAAUUAUCUGAAUGUCUGGUUGUUGGAAAUACAUAUGAGAUGCCUAACUAUCUUGUGGAGAUCUGUGCCCAGCGAAAUGUUCUGGAAGGUAGGUUACAUUAAGAAGUUAUAUACUUGCUUGGCUUCUUUUUCCCAUCAUCACAUCACAGUAUGCAGAACUUGUUUUGGAGACAUCCCUUGUUGAUAUUUUAGGCUCUAGUGGGCUUCAAGCCUCUAAGAGAGUUAAUAUUUAGUAGAAAGCUACAACUAAGUAACCCUGAAACUUCCAAUGCACUAUUUCGUUCAAGUUUCUUCUCACUGUUCAAGUGUUGUUUUUCUACAAAGAAAAAGUAAUCUUCAGAAUUUCUUGUGCACACUGUAUUCCCAUUCCAGUUCAGUGAAGGAUGUAAAUAAAUUUGUUGUUACUCCCUACUUCCCAAGUGGGCAAUCAUGCCCCCACGAAGGCCUCUUUGGAGCGUUGGUCUAGCCAUAAUGAAUGGCCCUCAUUUUACAUUGAGCUUUCUCGGAACCCAUCAUGUAGGCUGAUAAUGUAAAGAGGGGCUGCGAAUUUGAAGGAGGGUCUUUUCACCUUUUUAGAGGUAUUAUACCCUUUUUAAAUGACACAAUGGAGUACAGCAUACCUUCGAAUAAUAUUUCUGUAUAUGCUCCUUUUUAGGCUCUUCAUCUUAGGUGCUUAAAUUUAAAUCCAGCAAAGAUGGGGGAUUUUUUCAAAUCAACGUUUCUUAAAACUAAAAAAACGAAAAGAGUAGCUAUAAAUAA